GUCCCCUAGGCCCCGCCCCCUUGCGCCGGCAGUGUUUAGCGGUACGGCGUUUGUCCUCGAGACCGAACCGCUGCCACUGUCGCCGUCUCUGCGCUGGGCCGAGUUUCUCCGCCACCACCAUGCCCCGGGGGAGCCGAAGCGCGGCCGCCCGGCCAGCCAGCCGCACUGUUCACCCGCCCGCGCACCCGCCGCCCUCGGCCGCUGCACCGGCCCCUGCCCCGUCGGGCCAGCCCGGCUUGAUGGCGCAGAUGGCGUCCACGGCCGCUGGAGUGGCCGUGGGCUCGGCUGUGGGACAUGUCGUGGGUAGCGCCCUGACCGGAGCCUUCAGCGGGGGGAGCUCAGAGCCCGCCCAGCCUGCCGCUCAGCAGGCUCCCACACGCACUGGCCCCCAGCCCCUGCAGUUGGGGCCCUGCGCCUACGAGAUCAGGCAGUUUCUGGACUGCUCCACCACUCAGAGUGACUUGUCCCUGUGUGAGGGCUUCAGCGAGGCCCUGAAGCAGUGCAAGUACAACCAUGGUCUGAGCUCCCUGCCCUGAAGAGACAGAUGCGGACUGGUGCAGAUCCAUGAGCCAGCCCUGCACCCACCUGCUCCUCUUCAUCGACAGCCGGACCAUGACGUCAGAUUGUACCCACAUAGCUGGGAUUGGGAGUGAGGAGGGGGUUUCUCACCCCACAGAUGACCGGAGACGCAAAUGUGCAAUUAAAAGAGUUUAUUUUAGAUCAUA